UUUAGUCAUGCUCUCCUCCCAUAUUCCAAAAUUGUCUUCUGCUGGUGUCACUUUUAUAGUCCUGCCGGUUGUAAUUCAUUGACCCGUAAUAAUAUUUAAAAAAUGGCAAAACAAGGACAGAUGGAUCUUGAACUCAAAAAGGCAUUUGCUGAACUACAGCAAAAAAUGGUCGAGACGUCUCAAAAGCUCAAAUUAGCUGAUCUACAGAUCGAGACGCUCAAAAGAAGUAUGACACAUGCACAACUAACUGACAAAGAAAUAAGUCAACUUCCAACUGAUACCAAAACAUAUGAAAGUGUGGGUCGUAUGUUUGUGUUAAAAGAAGUAACUGUAGCACGAACGAACCUUGAGAACAAAAUCAAAGGCUGUGAGGAGAAAGUGAAAACACUUGAGGGAACUAAAGCAUACUUGGAGCGCAGCUUGAAGGAAAGUGAGAACAACAUUAGAGAAAUGAUCCAACAAAGAAAAGAUGCUAACACUGGGGAUCAACACUGAAGAUAAAAUAUUUUUUGCCCACUUGGAUACUUGUCUAUGCUUUUUUUGUUCGUUUCCAUCGAUUUGUAUGGGGAAACCAAAAUAAACUGCUUAAAAUACUA